AUGAGUGAGGAGAUUAAGUCUAUAAGGCCGUAUAUCAAGCAGUUGGACAAGAGGCUUGCGGAGCUGACGGAGUUGGUGCAGGACUAUGCCAGUCCCUUGGAAGAGACGUUGGUGAAAGAGACUGACGAGUUGAAGAGGCUGAAGACUACGAAUAACUAUGCGUAUAUUUUGGCGUCGCUGAUGUUCUCCUAUGUCAAGUUGCUUUCGGGCCACGACACACAGCAUUUGAAUGAGAAAGUUAUGGUGGAGCUGCAGAGGGUUCGUGGGUAUAUUGAGAGGACGAAGAAGUUGGAAAAUAAGUUGAAGAACAAAGUCUCCGAACAAGAACUGAAACAAGAGACAGUGAAGUCGCAGAUACGGAAAACUUUGGGCCAGCCUACCAUCAGCAAACAGAAUUUCAAAAACAAGCAUAUCAAAUUCGAAGAAAGCAGUAAGGUAUCAAAGAAAUGA